UAGUCGAAAGUCGGAGGGGACCUGCAAGGGUCAAUCCCGCUGAGAACUUCGGCUGAGGGUAUUUUAUACCCACCAGGUGGUAAGGCCAUGGGAGUCCCAUUUUGUUUCCUUUCUAUUUUACUCUUCUCCAGCUUCUCUUUGGGUCCAGGGAACAUGGCGACUGUGUCCGUGAAGGCAGUGACCAAAAUUGCCAAAACAGAUAUCAACUUCAUCUGUGCAACCAUAGACUGGUGGCCCAAGGAGAAGUGCAACUAUAACAUGAGCCCUUGGUACAAUUCCUCCAUCAUUAACUUGGACUUGAACAACACUAUUCUUUUUAAUGCCGUUAAAGCUUUCAAGUGUUUGAGGAUUAGGCUUGGAGGGACACUGCAAGACCGAGUGGUGUAUAAAGUAGGAAGAAAACCUGUCAAGUGUGAAAACUUCAAACUUGAUCAAAAUGAGCUCCUUGGCUUCACCACGGGCUGCCUCAACAAGUCUAGAUGGGAUGAACUCAAUGCAUUCUUCAAUAAAACUGGAGCUAUAAUAACGUUCGGACUGAAUGCACUUAAUGGAAGGAAAAAAGCCCCAGAGGGUAACCUCUACAUUGGCGACUGGGACAGCACUAAUGCUCGUAAAUUCAUCCGAUACACUGUCAAGAAGAAUUAUAAGAUUGAAGCUUGGGAAUUUGGAAAUGAGGUCUCUGGGCGAGGAAUCGGUGCAAGUGUGGAUGCUAAGCAGUAUGGCAAGGAUUUGAUUGCCUUGAAAAAACUGAUCAAUCGUUUAUACAGGAAUUCCAGUACUCAACAGAAGCUAUUGGCCCCUGGUGGCUUUUUUGAGGCACAAUGGUAUGCUGAAAUGCUUCAGACAUCCGGAUCUGGUGUUGUUGAUGCUGUUACUCAUCAUAUCUACAACCUUGGUGCAGGUGUUGAUAAAGAGCUAAUCCAUAAGAUUCAAAACCCCUAUUAUUCGUCUCGAAUAGUGCAGACAUAUAAUGAUAUUCUGACCGUAAUCAAGGAUUCCAGCUCAUGGAGUUCUACUUGGGUUGGUGAAGCAGGCGGUGCUUACAACAGUGGAGGCAAAGAUGUGUCAAAUACUUUUGCAAAUAGUUUCUGGUACUUAGAUCAGCUUGGUAUGGUAAGCACAUUUAAGCACAAGGUCUUCUGCCGGCAAGCUUUAAUUGGAGGAAACUAUGCUCUCCUUGACACCACCACAUUCAUCCCCAACCCAGACUUCUAUAGUGCUCUGUUGUGGCAUCGAUUAAUGGGACCUGGUGUUCUUCAUGCCACUCACGACAGCUCGCCAUUCCUUCGAUCCUAUGCUCAUUGCUCCAGAGAAAGGCCUGGGAUUACUGUAUUGCUGAUCAACCUAUCAAAUUCGGCAUCCUUCGAUGUCACAGUUUCCAGUGACCUGAACCUGUAUCCAAAUUCACUGGCUCAAUCACUUGCGUCAGUAACGGCAACAGGACACAGGGAAGAGUACCAUCUGACUUCUCAACGAGAAUCGAGGCGGCGGAGGACCGCCGGCGACCGACGGCGGGCGGCAGCGAUCCCCGAAAUGAAGCCUGUCAUUGCUGAUAGUGCUGCCCCGCUGCAUGUUGCUCCUCACUCGGUUGUCUUUGCCAGAUUCAAGGACAUCAAAGCUCCAGCUUGUUGA